AUGCAUAAGCCUGAAAGUGAAUAUAUAAAUCGAACCUUUAAAACAGAUGAGGUUUCGACAGAUAAUAACAUCCUCACCAAAUUACACGAAUACAAUGUCGUUGAUUGUAAAAUGACAAUCGAAUCAUUUGAGAAAUUCCUCAA